UCUUGUUCCCUGCGCCACAAUAUCCACCUGUCUAGCCGCAGCGCGUAUUUAAUCUCAGCGUGUGCAGACUGGUUUUCAGUUGCCACCAUGGCGUCCUGUUUCACCCUAAUGUGUCCGCUAUUACUGCUGCUGACGGCCUGCGUCUGUGUCGUCACAGGCCAAGGAGCAAGUACUGGCUUCCCGGGCAGUGGGGUCUUCUGCGGUGGCCGGCAGUGCCCACCGAACAGCCAGUGCGUCUUCCGCCUGGGCCGGCACGUCUGCGAGCGUGCGAGGCCGCCUUCGUUUCCGACGUUCCCGUCGCAGCCGCCGCAGUUCCCGUCGCAGCCACCGCAGUUCCCGCCGCAGGGAGCCGGCUGUGCCGCUAUCAGCUGUCCGUUCCCUAGCCGCUGUGUGGAGACUACGAGGCUCUGCAUUAGAGCGCCCUGCCCACCUGCAGCACGCUGUGUUUCUACAUAGCUGCACCUUCCGUUCUGACGUACGCAGUGUGUGACGUGCAGCAGCCCUGGAAAGAACCGAUACAAGAGCUCAGAAUGUGUAAUUGUAACUUAUCGCGAUAAUUAGUGUAUGGCGGUUACAGAUGUCCUCUCGCCCAUUGAAAUAUAAACGCUGAAAUGAGCCAUACAACAUGCAUCACGUGACCUACAUAGUGUCUUAAAAUUUCUCUCGCCAUUUGCGACCUAGCCUGACUUAGCUUUGACCCCAAAUAUACCAAGUAACAUGCA